AUGUCACGCUCGUUUCGACGCUCGAAUCCCAUUACCAUAAUCCUUGCCGGCAUCCUCUGCAUUGGCUUCUUCGUUUUCUUCUUCUCUGGCACCGAUGUGCCGUCCAUGACCAGAAAAGGAGGGGGCGAGGUAGCCUCGAACCCACUCUCUCCACCGUCGCUGCCGUUCCGCAAGUCCAAGGCGAACGCUCCACAGGCCGCGCCGCCCGUCGUGCACUACUACAUGAACAAUGUGACCAAUACGCGCACGCCAAUCGAGAACGAAGAGACGGUCCUCAUCCUCACCCCGCUGGCAAAGUUCUACCCGGAGUACUGGGACAACCUCCUCAAGCUCAGCUACCCACACAACCUCAUCUCGCUGGGCUUCAUAAUACCAAAGACAAAGGAGGGCAAUGCCGCAUACGCUGCGUUGCAGGCACAAGUCACCAAGACACAGACAGGAUCCAAGAAGAACCGCUUCGCCGCCAUCACCAUCCUCCGUCAGGACACCGAGUCCCCACUCCAGUCGCAGAGCGAGUCCGAGCGUCACAAGAUGGAGAAUCAGAAGGCACGACGGGCGGCUAUGGCCAAGGCGCGCAACUCGCUCCUGUUCACAACCCUGGGCCCCACAACCUCGUGGGUUCUGUGGAUGGAUGCCGACAUUGUCGAGACCCCGCCUACCCUGAUCCAAGAUCUCGCCAACUACGAUGUGCCCAUCAUUGUCCCCAACUGCUUCCAGCGAUACUACAACGAAGAAAAGAAGGCUAUGGAUAUUCGGGAAUACGAUUUCAACAACUGGAUCGACAGUCCCACAGCAAAGGAUCUUGCUUCUAAGAUGGGCAAAGAUGAUAUUCUGUUGGAAGGUUAUGCCGAGAUGGCUACCUACCGCAGCCUCAUGGCUAAGAUGCACGAUACGUCUGCGGACCCCAAGGCCAAGAUCAAGCUCGAUGGUGUAGGUGGUGCCACUCUGCUUGUCAAGGCAGAGGUACACCGAGACGGCGCCAUGUUCCCGCCCUUCGCCUUCUACCACCUCAUCGAGACCGAGGGUUUCGCCAAGAUGGCGAACCGAUUAAACUGGGAAAGUUUCGGAUUGCCAAACUACCUUGUGUACCACUACAACGAGUAA